AGCGCGUCGACUUUUGCUUUUGCAAUAUGGGGAAGAGAGGACAAAAGCGACAGCGCAGCGCGGCGACUUCUGAGCAGCAGCAGCAGCAGCAGCGACAUCAACGCGCGACAGACCACGACGCGCGCCCGGCGACGCGACAAAACGUACAAAUCACCCUCUCCAGCCACGCCGACCAAAAACACCGACGGCUUUCAAAACGCGCGCAGCGACGGCAACAUGAUCGCACUACAUUGAAAAUCGACGUAAGUGCACGGUUGAAGGCGAGCGAACUGACGGGCGCGGGGCUCGUGAGGAAAUUAAAUCUCGAGAUCGGGAAGGAGGAGGGGGAGCAGAGUGAGGAUGGAGGGAGCGAUGAUAAUUUGUAUCAGAGCGAUGAGGAGGAGGUUGAGGACUGGUAUGAGUUUUAUCAGAUGAAUCAUAAUCCGUCGAGCAGUCCGAGAUCGUGGUCGGGACGUGAGCAGCUGGGUUCUUCGCGAACUGCUGAGAGUGGCAGGCAGUACAGACCAGAGUUACCUCGAUUAGGUCCAACGGUCUAUGAGCCUGAUUCUUCAGAACUCGAAGAGCUUGCGAAACUUCAGAAAAAGAGUCAGCCCGUUUCUUCACAUCCUGCCCAGAACAUAAGACGGAACAGACUUCCAGAGCGACGGCCGCUUGGUCCUACAGUUUACGAAUGCGACUCUUCUGAGCUCGAGGAACUUGCAAAACUCCAGAAGAAGAGCCAGCCAAUUCCUGCGCGACCUGCUGAGAACACCAAACGACCCAGACCUCCAGAGCGACGGCCGCUUGGUCCUACAGUUUACGAAUGCGACUCUUCUGAGCUCGAAGAGCUUGCAAGACUUCAGAAGAAGAGACAGUCGGUUCCUCCGCGACCUACCGAGACCACCAGACGACACAGACCUGCAGAAUUGCCGCGGCUUGGUCCUACAGUUUACGAAUGCGACUCUUCUGAGCUCGAGGAACUUGCAAAACUUCAAAAGGAGAAUAAGAGAACCGCUGAGAGCACCAAACGACACAAGCCUCCAAAAUUACCGCGACUACGCCCAACUACUUACGAAGUCAACUCUUCAGAACUUGCCGAACUUCAGAAGGAGAGUCAGAGAGCUGCCGAGAACACCAGACGACACAGACCUGCAGAAUUGCCGCGGCUUGGUCCUACAGUAUAUGAAUGCAGCUCUUCAGGACUCGCAGAGCUCGCAGAACUUGAGAAGGAGCAACAACGUCUAGACGCAGAGACACUCAAAAUCAUCCACGUCUCUACAAAAGCAAAGACCGUCGCGCGACAACUGCUGUCGAGUCCAAACCGGACCCCGCAAUCAGGAAGCGAGGAACCGAUAGAAUGGCCAUCAUCCUCUCCUGCCCACAAGACUGCUACCGUUUCUUCCAGAACCGCAGUUUCUCUCCCAUAUUCGCCAUACCCCACCAAGCAACCCCCGUCAAAAAAGAAGCCCUCGCGAGUUCUCUUCACGACGCCCUCCGGCGUCAACUUCUACCACCGCAAAUACUACGGACAGUCUAAAGUCUACAACGAGUGGGUGCCGUUGACGAUCGCGGACGUGCUAAAGUUGCAGGAGCACAAGAUGGUCAACACGGAUGAUUUCUUUUGGAAGAAUCAUCCGAUUAGAAACGUGUUUAUCGUCGGGCUUUGCGUUGGCGUGCGACAGCCUAAAGAUGAUCGCGUUCUCUAUAUCGAUAUCGACGACGCAUCUGGCCACGAACUCGUCUGCAAAGUAAAAAAGCGACAACCAAUCGACGACCACGCCACCCGCCUUCUCGACAUGGACACCCCUUUCCUCAUCCAAGCCGCGGGCACAAUCGGCAUCUACACCCGCGGCAGCGAGCGCAUCCGCCAGCUCGAAUGCGACUCGUCCGACCGAGUCACGGUUAUCGACGACGCGCAUCAUGAGAUUAGGUUUCUGAGAAAACUGUUGGAGAUGAGGAAGGUGCUUGAUGUGCCGUGGGAGUUGAGCGAGGAAAAAUGCAAGGAAAUGGACAAGCAGGUGUUUAUAAAUUAGAGAGGGUGGUUUGAAUGACUAGGUUUCGUUUGCAUUGGAAGGCGUCGUGAUUUAGUUUAAUAUUGUAAUAUAGAGC